CCAACGGAGAAAUAAACAUUGGAGAAGACUAAUAUAUCGUCACUAAAAUGGUAGAUUUUACAGGUUAUUUAGUUUCUAGAGUUUUAGCUUUUUAGCAAAUCCUACAGAUUAUUGGCUUGCAGUUAUAAUGGCUGGCCACUCUAUUCCAAUUGACCUGCGUGUUGAGCCGUCCAAAGUCAAGGAUGAAGAGAGCAGAAAGGAGUUACUAAGGAAACUAGUGCCUCUAGUGGAGCCCUAUGCUGGGCCACUCUCUGAGGUAAACAAUGCAGUCCUACCUGGCAACAACUACCAUAGCCUCUACACAGCUGACAGUGGCAACACUUUUUCUGUCAAACUUUAUGGAAAUGGCCUCGUGUCUGGUCUCUUUGAGCACUACACUGAGGAUGUCAACAAGCAACUUAUUGCAGUUGAUGAAGCUCUGCAGCUGGAGAAGCGCAUCAUGAAGGCGUGUGGAGCUCUAAAAGUCAAGGUGCUUGCUGGCAUCAAGAGAGCCCCACCCAUCAACCCAUACUACACCUCCUCGGAUGACAGGCUGCUGGAGUACGACAUUGAUGAAGUGAAGUUCUCAGAAACAACUCCCUACCAGAAAGUGGAGAUCGUCCACAGCAAAAGCUUCGGCAACAUCUUGGUGCUAGAUAACCUGCAAAAUCUUGCUGAAAGUGACUUGGCGUACACGCACGGUCUCAUGAACAAGGGUGUGGAGAGCUACGAAGGCAAGACAGUUCUCAUUCUGGGCGGGGGCGACGGCGCCCUCAUGCACGAACUGCUACAGGAGUGUCCAAAACACGUCCUUAUGGUUGAUAUUGACGAAGCCGUGAUGCGGUGUUGUAAGAAGUACCUAAGAAACGCUUGCGGCUCAACACUAGACUCCUUCAAGGGCGACAACUAUGAGGCUAUUGGCAUGCAGUGCACGGAAGCCCUGGACAUGUUCGAGAAGAAGCUGGCGGCUGUGAGCGUAGGAGUGCAGGACAUCACUCGCACCGCGCGCUUCGUGCCAUCCUUCAUGGAAAACUGGGGCUUCAUCCAGGCUACUCGUCGACCCCUACCAUAACCCUCCUAGAAGGCUCCCUUAACCCUCUUAUAAGCCUCCUUAAACCCUCCUAUAAGCCUCCCUUAACCCUCCUAUAACCCUGACCUAUGCCUUCAUGCCUUUCAUCAACUGGUGCUUCUGCCAGGCCUUUCGCUGUUUUUUUUUCGCCAGCUCGUUUUAUAAUUACAUUUCCUUCCUUCAGUUUCACAAGAUCAAGUAAUUCUUGUGAAAAAUUUUUAGAUCACCAUAGUUGCUAACAGGAGGCUUCAUUCCGUUAACUGCUCAUUGUAUACUCAAUAUAUAUUCCGAAAUGCAUGCAACUUUUGCUAUCUUAAUUAACCGGACCAUUCAGACAUAAGCUGUUGCGGUUGACAAGUCUAAUUUAGCGCAAAUUUAUGGGUUUGACUGUGG